AUGAAGCUAUCAAAUAUUCUUAUAUACACAUUUGCAUUUUCCCAAUGUUCCAGUACUAUCCUCCCUCAGAGGAUAUUCCAACUAUCUCCAUCUACAACAUCAUACAGCCAUUCCCUUUUUGAUGACCUCAUCUCACUUUUCUACCCUUCAGGCACGCAACAGGAUGAUUUUGAAGCCUGGUUAGUUCAGGAAAAGAUUAUUAGUUUCGAAGGAAUAUUUAACAAUAUUGGUGGUUUAAGUAAAAUUCUCGACCCUACCAUAGUAGAAAAGGGAAUAGUAAUAGCAAGUCCAUCCACUUCAUACCCAAAUUAUUUCUAUCAAUGGAUAAGAGAUCUGGCUAUUACCAUAAAGACAUUAUUGUGCCAUUUAAAUGAUAUGACGCAAGAUGAAUUUGAACAACAAGGUCAAUUGCUUGAUGUUAUAGAGAGUUUUAUCGAAAAUAAUUAUCAAUUGCAGAGAUUAGAUAACUUGUCAGGAACCUUUGCAGAUAAAUCAGGCUUAGGAGAACCUAAAUUUAAUGUUGAUAAUACUGUCUUCAAUGAAAGUUGGGGUAGACCACAGAGGGAUGGUCCUGGGUUAAGAUCAAGUACAAUUAUGUACUAUCUUAAAUUAAUAGAUAAAUUCGAUGCCCCUAUCCAAUCCCAAAUUUUGAAAAAUCAAAAAUUCAUUUAUUUCAAGGUAAUAAGGCCUGAUUUGAUGUAUAUUGUACAAAAUUGGCAGAAACCAGGAUUUGAUCUUUGGGAAGAAAUAAAUUCCAUCCAUUUCUUCACUUCUAUUACUCAGCUCAAGGCCAUUAAAGACGGUAUAGAAUUUGCCGCAAAAUACAAAGACUACGAACUCCAAGAUCAGCUUAUCACGGCAUUUCAACAACUCAAGCUGGCAAUUGAAUCUCAACAACAAUUCGGUUUCACAUCGUCAGUUAUCUCCCACAUUAUAGAAUGCCCCAAUUUGUAUAAGAUUGGUCACAGAUCCGGUCUUGAUGCUGCUACACUCCUUGGUUCCAUACAUUCUCACGACGACUACCAAUCUGAUAGCUCCAUGAUUCCGUUCGACAUAGAUAACCCAUACGUCAUAAACACGUUAGUUGCCAUGGUGAAUGAUAUGAAGUUUAGAUAUCCAAUCAACCACAACAAAAUCGGUUUUCUUGGAGUAGGUGUGGGUAUUGGUCGUUACCCAGAAGAUAUUUACGAUGGUGUUCAUACUAGUGAAGGUAAUCCGUGGUUUAUAUCCACUGCCACGGCUCUGGAGUUUGUCUAUAGACUUAUUCACAAAUGCAUCACUCUUCGUCAAGAUAUUGUCAUCACAGCGGCCAAUCGUGGUUUCUUCAGUCAAUUUAUAUCAAUAGAUGAGGAGCCGAACGAUGGCAAUGCCGUGGUUAUUGAAUUUAAUUCGGUCAUGUAUCGGACAUUAAUGCUGCAAUUGGCUCUGUAUGCAGAUUCAUUCCUUUCUGUGAUAAAGACUCAUGUGGAUGGUGAAGGGAGAAUGUCGGAGCAGUUUAAUAAGUAUACCGGAUAUAUGCAAGGAGCCAAAGAGUUGACGUGGAGUUAUAGUGCAUUUUGGAAUGCCGUUAGAUGGAGAGAAAGGACUUUGCAGGUGAUGUGA